AUGAGCAGACAAAAAAAAAAAAAGGACCCAACCACAAAGGGGAAAGUCAAAACAUUCAACAAUUCCACCAGCCACUUCACACCUCCCAGAGCUGGACAAAAAGCACCAGGAAAAAAAUCCUUGAAGAUCAAAGUGGAUCCCUUGAGAAUUCCCAUAGCCAAAGAGCCUCCUGAUCUGUCUCCCCUGCAUCCCUCAGCACGUGAUCAGGUCAUCACUGGGGCAAGGAAACAUAAUCCUCAGCUCCCCAAGUUGCAUGCCUCCCACAUUGGAUACGACCCUAACCUCCUCAACACUCCCAAGGCCCCGAUCCCCCAUGCUGUAGAGCCCACGCAUCUAGUCCUCAUAGAUGUUCAGAACAUCACUGUGCUUCUCGAUAUCCCACCUAGAAGCCAAGAAAAUCAGAAAAGCUUCCCUAAUGGCUCUAACUUCCGCAAGGCAAAUGGUAACCAGUCACCAAACCGCCCCGUGUCAGACCUUGAGCAAGGCAACGCUGUUGAGGCACCCAAUGUUGGAUUAAGCAGAGCAUUUUCACUGGCAAAACCAGAUGCUGGGAAGCUAAUUGUUGGCACAAUUGCGCUAUUGACAGCAUCGACAUCAAGUCUCUUAAUUCCUAAAUAUGGUGGAAUGAUUAUAGACAUCGUGUCGAGAGAUAUAAAAACACAGGAGCAGCAAUCAGAAGCUUUGGAUGCCAUCAAGAACACCAUAACAUAUAUUCUGCUGAUAAUUGUAGCAGGGUCUCUAUGCAGAGCAGUUCAAGCAUGGUUGUUUUCUUCUGCCGGUGAAAGGAUUGUAGCUCGUCUAAGGAAAAACUUGUUCAGUCACCUUAUCCAUCUGGAAAUAGCUUUCUUUGAUGUUACUUCAAUAGGCGAACUCCUCAACAGGCUAUCUGAGGACACCCAGAUCAUUAAAAAUGCAGCUACAACCAAUCUUUCAGAGGCACUUCGAAAUCUAACAACUUUCAUUAUUGGCAUUGGCUUCAUGUUUUCAUCAUCAUGGAAAUUAACGUUGCUAGCAUCGGCGGUAGUGCCUGUUAUUUCAGUUGCUAUUCGAAAAUUUGGGCGCUACCUCAAACAGCUUUCGCACACAACACAAGCAGCAGCUGCAUUAUCUGCCUCGGGUGCUGAGGAAUCUUUUGGAGCCAUUCGAACAAUCAGAUCGUUUGCUCAAGAAGGUUAUGCAAUAUCCAAAUACUCUGAAAAGGUUGAUGACACGCUGAAGCUUGGACUCAUACGAGCUAAAGUAGUUGGUCUAUACUUCGGAGGGCUGAACGUUGCAUCCAAAUUGUCUGUUAUCAUGGUGGUGAUCUAUGGAGCCUACUUGACAAUCAUGGGAUUUAUGACUGCAGGCUCUCUUACAUCCUUCAUCCUUUAUAGUCUCACAGUUGGGUCCUCAGUAUCCUCUUUAUCAGGAUCAUACGUAUCUGCUAUGAAAGCUGCAGGGUCAAGUAGGAGAAUUUUCCAGCUCUUAGAUCGUGUCUCAAGCAUGCCAAAAUCUGGAGAUAAGUGCCCAGUGGGAAAUCCUGAUGGAGAUGUAGAAUUGAAUGAUGUCUGGUUUGCUUAUCCUUCUCGCCCAAGUCAUAUGAUACUUAAGGGACUAACAUUGAAACUGAAACCUGGUUCAAAAGUUGCCCUUGUUGGACCAAGUGGCGGUGGAAAAACCACCAUAGCAAACUUAAUUGAGAGGUUCUACGAUCCUCUGAAGGGAAAGAUUUUGUUAAAUGGAGUUCCUGUAGUGGAAAUAUCACAUGACUAUCUUCACAGAAAGGUUAGUAUGGUUAGCCAGGAACCUAUUCUUUUCAAUUGUUCGGUAGAGGAGAACAUUGCCUAUAGGUUCAAUGGCAAAGCUAGCAGUGCUGAAGUAGAAUCAGUUGCUAUGGUGCAGAAAAUGGCUAAUGCCCAUGAAUUCAUAGAAAAAUUUCCUGAAAAGUAUCAAACGGUAGUUGGGGAACGUGGUUUGAGGCUAUCAGGAGGUCAGAAACAAAGAGUAGCAAUCGCAAGAGCACUAUUAAUGAAUCCAAAAGUGUUGCUUUUGGAUGAAGCAACGAGUGCUCUGGAUGCUGAGAGUGAAUACCUUGUUCAGGAUGCUAUGGAUUCAUUGAUGAGGGGCAGGACUGUUCUUGUCAUAGCACACAGGCUUUCAACUGUCAAAAGCGCAGACAGCAUAGCUGUCCUUGCUGAUGGUCAGAUAGCUGAGCGUGGCACUCAUGAAGAGCUUCUCAGACAGGAUGGUAUCUACACUGCACUUGUCAGGAGGCAACUACAAGGACCAAACACCAAUAUCUAGUUUAAAGUAAAACUAUGUCCGAAUACUAAUACUAAAAUAUUUUUGUAUCUGGGAUAUUCAUCCCAGAAUCUUUAAUGAAACUAGUGGAAGAGACUACUCCUAGGCUACUUCUCAGAU